AUGGAAAACGCCACUCCCGCAUGCUCCACCAUCGGCGGAGUGGCAUCUCCGAAGAAGCCCCCUACCGAGGCCAGAUUGAAUGAGAGGCGGAGGAUCAAGCGGCUCAAGAAGAAGCAAACGGCGCAGGAGAAGAACGACAUCUGGAAGCUGGAGCAGGACUUGUUCGCAUCGGCGAUCGCCGGCGAAAGUGAGGCCGUUGAAGAACCAGCAGAUAAUUUUCGGUAUGUUGGCGCUGGCUCUGAAGAGAAAGAUGGUGGUGAUCUCCUCGACGGGGCUGGUGUCGUUCAUGCACCUGGUGGUGUUUGGCCACAUUUUCCUGUCCGCGGCGGCGCAACUGAUGAAGCUGAUCCUGUGGUGGUUCCUGAAGUCGCUUGA